UGACAGGCUCUGCGGCGGCGGACUGUAAACAUGGCGGCGUGCACAGCUACAGGGCUGCGCCGAGGACCGCUUUACUACUAGCCUGACAAGCGGAGACACCCCGAAAAUGGAGAGCGAGACGGAGCAGCACAUCACCACGCUCCUCUGCAUGGGCUUCCAGGAUCCUGACGUGAUCCGGAAAGCGCUCCGGCUGGCUAAGAACGACAUCAAUGAGGCAGUGGCGCUUCUAACCAACGAGAGCCCCGGACUCGGCUAUGGGUACGAGUCCAUGGAGAGUGGGCCUUCCACCGGCUUGGGCUCCAGUGGAGACGGGGAAACCAGCGGGAGGACCGGGAGCAGCGGGUUCGACCCCCCUCCGGCGUACCACGAUGUCGUGGACGGAGAGCGAAGCAAUGAUGAGAACGGGAACUGCUCCGGGGGCAGCAUGGAGUUCCCCACCACCAACCUGUACGAGCUGGAGAGUCGGGUCUUCACUGACCACUGGUCUAUACCCUAUAAGAGAGAGGAAUCCCUGGGCAAGUGCCUCAUCGCCUCCACCUGCCUUGCACGGCAUGGCCUCACGGACGCCGAUGAGAACUGCAAGCGGUUUAUGGAUCGGUGCAUGCCGGAGGCCUUUAAGAAGCUAUUGACCAGUAGUGCCGUGCACAAGUGGGGCACAGAGAUUCACGAGGGGAUCUACAACAUGCUGAUGCUGCUGGUGGAGCUGGUUGCAGAGAGGGUGAAGCAGGACCCCGUGCCCGUAAACCUGAUGGGCGUGCUGACCAUGGCCCUAAACCCUGACAACGAGUACCACUUCAAGAACCGGUUGAAGUCAUGCCAGAGGAACUGGGCUGAGGUUUUCGGAGACGAGGCCAACAUAUUUGCCGUCUCGCCCAGCAACACCUACCAGAAAGAGCCUCACGGUUGGCUGGUUGACUUAGUGAACCGAUUUGGAGAGUUGGGAGGAUUCGCUGCCAUCCAGACCAAACUCAGCUCAGAGGAGAUCGAGAUCGCUAGUGUGUCAGCUCUGGUCCAGCCCCUCGGUGUUUGUGCAGAAUAUUUAAACUCCAGCCUCAUCCAGCCUAUGCUCGAUCCGGUGAUUCACAAGACGAUCACGUAUGUGCAGAACCUCGAGGAAAAGGACCUGAAAGAUAAGCGCCUAGUGAGCAUCCCAGACCUGCUGUCGGCCAUCAAGCUGCUGUGUAUGAGGUUCCAGAGGGAGCUGGUGGCCGUGGUGGACGACCUGCGGUUGGACACGCUGCUGCGAAUGCUCAAAACUCCACACUUCUCCACCAAAAUGAACUCUCUCAAAGAGGUAACUAAGUUAAUAGAAGAAAGUACAGUGUCAAAAACAGUGAAAAAUGCCAUAGAUACAGAUAAACUUCUCGACUGGCUCGUGGAGAACUCAGUCCUGUCGAUAGCACUGGAAGGCAAUAUCGACCAGGCUCAGUACUGUGAGAGGAUAAAGGGAAUCAUCGAGCUGCUUGGGAGUAAGCUGUCACUGGAUGAGCUCACCAAGAUCUGGAGGAUACAGGCGGGCCAGUCAUCAACAGUGAUAGAGAACAUCCACACCAUCAUCGCUGCUGCUGCUGUGAAGUUCAGCUUCGACCAGCUCACCCACCUCUUCGUCCUCAUACAGAGGAGCUGGGAGGUGGAGAGCGACCGCGUCCGGCAGAAGCUGCUCAGUCUAAUCGGGAGAAUAGGCAGAGAAGCUCGCUCUGAAACCACCACAGGAAAGGUGCUAGAGGUGCUAUGGGAGCUGGCUCACCUCCCCACCCUGCCGACCAGUCUGGUUCAGCAGGCCCUGGAGGAACACCUGGGGAUUCUCAGUGAUGCCUACGCCGUCAAGGAGACCGUGAAGCGCAGUUACAUCAUUAAAUGUAUAGAGGACAUAAAAAAGAAUCACACUCAGGAGGACAGUAAAGGCAGCAACACUCAAAGCUCAUUUCAUAUUGGCACUUGGCACAAGAAGAAAUCUAACGCUAAAGCCUCUCAGCAUAGCAGCCCUCAGGCGGUCUGGGUUGUUCCCGCUCUACGACAGCUGCAUGAAAUCACCCGUUCCUUCAUCAAACAGACCUAUCAGAAACAAGACAAGAGCAUCAUCCAGGACCUGAAGAAGAACUUUGAGAUCGUCAAACUGAUCACAGGAUCUCUGGUGUGCUGCCACCGACUCGCUGUGACGGCUUCGGGGAACAACGGCCUCUCUGCUUCAACUCUGGUGGACGGCAGAUACACCUACCAGGAAUAUCUGGACUGCCACCUGCGGUUCCUGGCGUUCUUCCUACAGGAGGCCAGCAUCUACCUGGUCUGGAACAGAGCUAAGGAGCUUUGGGAGUGCUUGGUCUCAGGUCCAGAUGUCUGUGAACUGGACCGUGAGGAUAUGUACUCGUUUCCUCGCACUAUUCUACCUCACGGGGCCUCUUUCAACGGACACCCCGUCACUCUUCACAUCACCUACGAGUCAACCAAAGACACCUUUACCCUGGAGACCCACAGUAAUGAGACCAUAGGAAGCAUCCGGUGGAAGAUCUCUGAACACCUGAGCUGUCCGGUGGAUAAUGUCCAGAUUUUUGCCAAUGAUAGCGUGCUGACCAUGAAUCGAGACCAGAAGCUGCUCUCUCAGCUGGGCUUCAGUGACGAGCAGAGCCUGACCGUGAAGAGCUCCGGUACCGGGACCCCGUCGGGCAGCUCCGAGUCCUCCGCCUCAGCCUCUAGCAGCUCCAGCUCUGCCGUCUUUAACUCGGCCUACGCCUUGGAGCAGGAGAAGUCCCUCCCUGGGGUGGUGAUGGCUUUGGUGUGCAACGUGUUCGAGAUGCUUUACCAGCUGGCUAACCUGGAUGAGCCAAGGAGGAUGUUUGCUCAUUCGCUCUGCCGCUCAAAGUUGCGCCAGGACGCUCUGCUCAAAAUCUGCUUCGCGCUCACCUGCUGCUCCAGCCAAAUUGUUCCACGCUUGCUCAGAUUUUCAGAAGGGAGUAACUGCAGCAGCAGCAGCGAAGGAGAGACGACUCCAACAGCGCUGCAUGCAGGCAUAUGCGUCCGUCAGCAGAGUGUCAGCAUCAAGGACGCCAUCAUCGCCCGCGAGGCUUUGUCGCUGUUGGUUACCUGUCUGCAGCUACGCUGCCAGCAGAUGUCUUCUUUUUACACCCUUCCCUCCGUCGGUGAUUUCAUUAUCGACAUUCUGCUGGGAUCUCCCAGUGCGGAGAUCCGCCGGGUGGCCUGCGAUCAGCUGUACACCCUGAGUCAGUCUGACACCUCAGCCUUCCCAGAAGUCCAGAAGCCCAACCUCUUUCUGCUUUCGGUCGUCCUCACUGCCCAGCUGCCGUUAUGGAGUCCCACAUCGGUCAUGAGAGGCGUCAACAUGAGGUUACUGUCUCAGUGCACGGAAUACUUUGACCUAAGAUGCCAGCUCCUGGAUGACCUAACCACAUCAGAGAUGGAGGUGUUGAAAGUGAGCGCAGCCAACAUGCUGGAGGAUGAGAUUUCCUGGCUCGACAACUUUGAGCCCAGCUGGAGCUCGGAGAUGGAGACCAGCGAGGCAGACAACAUCCUGCUGGCGGGACACCUCAGGCUCAUCAAGACCUUGCUGUCCCUCUGUGGAAACGAGAAAGAGCACCUGGGUCCGUCUCUGAUCCAGCAGUUGCUUGAUGACUUCCUGUUCCGAGCUUCUCGCAUCAUCAUCAACAGCUCCAACCCCACGCCAUCUCCGGCCCCGAGCCACGACUUCCACCCCAAGUGCAGCACCGCCAGCAGCAGACUGGCCGCCUAUGAGGUCCUGGUAAUGCUGGCAGACAGCUCCCUCUCCAACCUGCGCCUCAUCACCAGAGAGCUCCUCUCCAUGCACCACCAGUCCGAUCCAUCGCUCUGCAAGGAGUUCGAUUAUUUACCUCCUGUGGAGAGCCGCUCCGUCUCUGGUUUUGUCGGGCUGAAAAACGGCGGAGCGACGUGUUACAUGAACGCUGUGUUCCAGCAGCUCUACAUGCAGCCCGGCCUGCCUGAGGCCUUCCUCUCCAUCGAGGACGACACAGACCAGCCUGAGGAGAGCGUCUUCUAUCAGGUCCAGUCUUUGUUUGGUCACCUGAUGGAGAGCAAGCUGCAGUACUACGUGCCAGAGAACUUCUGGAAGAUCUUUAAGAUGUGGAACAAGGAGCUGUAUGUCAGAGAGCAGCAGGAUGCUUACGAGUUUUUCACCAGCUUGGUGGACCAGCUGGACGAACAUCUCAAGAAAAUGGGUCGGGAACAAAUCUUUAAAAACACGUUUCAGGGAAUUUAUUCCGACCAGAAGAUUUGUAAAGAUUGUCCGCACAGAUAUGAGCGUGAGGAAACUUUCAUGGCCUUGAACCUCGGCGUCACUUCCUGCCAGAGUCUGGAGAUCUCUUUAGACCAGUUUGUCAGGGGGGAGGUGCUUGAGGGCAGCAAUGCUUACUACUGUGAAAAGUGCAAGGAGAAGAGAACCACAGUGAAGAGGACGUGUAUCAAAUCUCUCCCCAGCGUUCUCUGCAUCCACCUCAUGCGGUUCGGUUUUGACUGGGAAAGCGGGCGGUCGAUAAAAUACGACGAGCAGAUCAGGUUCCCCUGGGUGUUGAACAUGGAGCCCUACACGGUGUCCGGAAUGGCCCGGCAGGACUGCAGCGGGGAGGGAGGCGAAGGAAGAGGCGACGGCACCUCAGGAGGAUCCCCCAGGAAGAAAGUUACGAUCUCAGAGAACUACGAGCUAGUGGGUGUGGUGGUCCACAGCGGUCAGGCACAUGCAGGACACUACUACUCCUUCAUCAAAGACAGACGGUCCGCCCCCUCCUCCCCUGAUGUGUCCCCUCAGUCCUCUCCUCGGCCCCCUAGGGCCAACAACGACCGCCUCACCCUCCUGACCCGCCUGGUCCGCAAGGGCGAGAAGAAGGGCCUCUUUGUCGAGAAGAUGCCAGCCAGCAUCUUCCAGAUGGUUAGAGACGAGAACCUGAGGUUCAUGAGAAACAGGGACGUCUACAACAGCGACUACUUCAGCUUCGUCCUCUCCCUGGCUUCAGUCAAUGCGACAAAACUGAAGCACCAAGACUACCAGCCUAUGGCCAAAGAAAGCCUCCAGCUGGCUGUUCACUUCCUCUUCCACACCUACCUGCACACCAAAAAGAAACUCAGGGUGGACACAGAGGAGUGGAUGGCGGCGGUGGAGGUGCUGCUUUCUAAGAGCAGCGAGGCGUGUCAGUGGAUGGUGCAGUUCCUGGUCGGACCAGAGGGGCGGGAAAUCAUCAGGGUUUGUCUGUUGGAGUGCAGCCUGCGGGAGGUGAGGACGGUGGUUGCAUCCAUCCUGGAGAAAACUCUGGAGAGCGCUCUGCACUUUAGAGACCCGGGACUGGACAGCCUGACCGACGCCCUGCUCUCAUUACUGGAUAAAGAUGUUCCCGAAAAUGUGAAAAACUGCGGCCAGUACUUCAACCUGUUCAGUAACUUUACUCAGAGGGGUUGUGGUCCCUGCCAGCUGUUGCUGAAGCACUCAGCCUACCGCCGGAUGCUCAUCUUCCUUUUGGGGCCAAACAGGCAAAACAACCAGAACCGCCGGUGGAGUCCAGCUCAGGCCCGGGAGUUCCUCCACCUCCAUAGCACGCUGGCGCUCAUGACGCUGCACUCUGACCUCACCCCCCAGCGGACCCUCGCUCCAGGAGGGUCCAAGCUGCCUGUGAACGCAGUUCAGUCCUCCGGCCCUCUCCUUUCGCUCCACCCGGACAUCCUGGCGUCGCUCUUCACUCCAGAGGGGCAGCCUUACCUCCUUGAGGUGAUGUUUGCAAUGCGUGAGCUGUCUGGACCUCUGUCUCUCCUGAUCGAAAUGGUCACCUACUGCUCAUACUGCAAUGAGGGCUUUUCCCUGGGCGUGCUGCAGCUGCUGAAGAGUCAGCUGGAAACGGCUCCACCUCAUGAGCUGAAGAACGUUUUCCAGAUGCUGCAGGAGAUCCUGGUUGUUGAAGACCCCCUGCAGUCCCAGAGACUCAAGUAUGCUUUUGAGUCAGACAAGGGUUUGUUAGCUUUGAUGCACCAGAGCAACAACGUGGACAGCAGGCGCUGCUACCAGUGUGUGAAGUUCCUGGUCACGUUGGCUCAGAAGUGGCUGCAGAUGACUGAACAUUACUGGACUCCGCAGAGUAACGUCUCCAAUGAGACGUCCACCAAUAAAACCUUCCAGCGUACCAUCUCUGCACAGGACACCCUGGCCUAUGCAACGGCCCUGCUGAACGAGAAGGAGCAGUCUGGCAGCAGCAACGGCUCAGACGGCAGCCCGGCCAAUGAGAAUGCAGAGCGAAGCCUCCGACAGGGCUCAGAGUCUCCCAUGAUGCUCGGCGAUUCAAAGAGCGAUCUAGAAGACGUGGACUCCUAACUCCUCGUCCUGCGGGACGACUCUGACGGCGAGGCGGCUCAGGUCCAGGACGCCGGUCCAAAUCAGGCUCUGAUGGGCCAGAACUCUUGGGACUCCACAGGAAGCCAAUCAGGACACUUUCUCUAGGUCGCCAGGGCAACCGAGGAGCUGUGUAUAAAUCAUGAAUAACUUCCUUUCAGAGAGGCCAAGGCGCCGGUGGCGAAACUUUAACGGCGCCACGGCUGGCGGCCGCCGGACAGCGAAUUCACAGACGACUUCAGUUUCUCCUUUUCUGCUCACUCAUUCACCCAGAAUGACAUGGAGGUGGAGGACGGGCGCGGGUGGUGUUUUAGCAAUCUUCUGCUCUUGUUUUGCCAAUGUGUUUGCGAGCGACGUCUUCAUGUUGUAAUUAAGGUUUGUCUCAUUUCCAGUGUAAGAUAAUAUUUUAAAGUCUUCUCUGCAGCCAUGCAAAAUGAAGGAGGCGACGUUAGCGCUGCUUUCGAGGAACUCACAGGCGUGAACGGGAACACCUCCACACACAGGGGGGUGGGGUGGGGGGGUUUGGUUCAGUAUGCACUUUAUAGUCCAGCCUAGGCUAUUGUGAUGUACAGCAGCACGGCUCAGUUCCUCCAGAGCAACUUAGUGCUUUUCUCUCCUUUUCUCUUUGUUUUUUUUCUUUGCUUUUAACAAUGUGCCACUUACUGGAGCCGCUCUCCCUGUGACCUUUGACCCGGAGCCACAGGGACGCCGUGCGUGUGUCAGGAUCCACACACAUCAGCAGAUCUCCAACUAGCAGUGCCAUAGUCAGCACUCAUCCCAACCCUUCACCCUCGUUUCUAGCGCUGACAGGCAGCCUCAUGUGCCCAGUUUCUUUUCAUUGCUACGUUAAAAUAUCUUUGCCACUUUAUUAUUAUUUUUCCUCUGGAUGGAUUUCAUCUGACAGAGGAUCUUCAGCCUUAUGCAACCUGAUCUGGAAGCGCUCGGAUCAGGCAGGCGGGCCAUCGGUGCCGACUGAAGGGAAGCUCAGGAGCUCGUCUUUGUUUUUUCUUUCUUUCACGUGCCAAGGGAUAUAUUCACACACAUGCACAAUAGAAAUGACUCAUAGUUGCUCACAAACGCACACAUCCUCCAUACAUAGUUGUCCCCCCCUGCUCUAUCUAUCGGCCUUCGUUUUGUUUUUUUAGUCUAUCUGCCUUGGUAAACUCUCCCAGGGAAGCUUAUCCAACAUGUAGCUCUAGUUUGGACUGGAGAGAAACAUCCUGGCUGCUGUCGCCUCUCACCCACAUCCGUCGGGAGUCUUAAAGUGCCUUAAUCUCCCGAUGUACCCCGCCCCUCUGCUUCCUCACGCCUUCUGUCACCGUCUGCUUCACCGGCGUCUCCUGCAGGAGCGCACAGGGCUCGUUCAUCUCCGUUCUUAUCCAGUGGAACCAAGCAUCACCUCUGGGCGUUCUGAUGGAGGAUCUUUGUGAAUGUAGUGCUGA